AAACAAAGGGUUGAAUACCGCCGAAACCUAACGCCCAAUUGACAAGAUUAUUCGAUCCAGCAGGUGGUCCGUUAUCAGUCCUUAUCGUCGUACGUCCAUACGACGCUGUCCUGCCCUUGCACUAGAAACUCGCCCCACGCACUUUUCCUAUACGACCUUCAACACCUCUACUCCAAACUCAAUUCUCAAUCGACGCUUGAUCCGUCCAUCAUACCAUCAUGGGCAAAACCGCCAAACGCAGAAAGCUCGCCUCAACCGUCAUCGCGAAGUCCGUAGCUCCUCCCUCCCCCUCCACCUCCGCCGACGACACCGAAAUAACAUCCCCCUUCGCCGUAAUCUCCCAAGACGACCUUGACAUCGCCGUCGACACCCUCGAGCAACUCGCCGCACACCCAACCCUCCUCAAACACAAGGAUCUCCGUCAACUUCGAUCGGCGGUAUGGGCAUACUCUCAAUCGCUUCCGAACCCGGGGAACUCGCUUACGGCACGGUUAUCUUCGGCACUAGAGGCAGGAGCGUGGACGGACGCGAGGGUUUUGUUGGCGGAGAUGAAGAUUAGGGGGAUUAAGCCAAAGUUGGGGGCGUUGCAGAGGUGGGUUAGGGAGUGUGAUGCUGCGAGUGUGGGGGUGGAGGGUGGGUGGUCUGAGGAGGUCAUGACUGUCCUGGACGGGAUUCUUCGCGUCUGUCAACCUGCGCGUGGAGGCUACGAUGAUGACGAUAACCCUUUACCAGUUGGUGGUGCCCCAGAAUUUUCAUCAACCAACGCUGCGCCGAAGAGGAAGGCUGGAGAGUUACACGAUGCCGCUGAGCCCUUCGAAGACGGCGAAGGAAAACCAGUCCCCGUCACCGCAGAAGCCCUCGCCAUCGACACCGGCUCCACCUCUCAAUCCGUUGUCCGCCGACAUCCAGCUUGGUCCGUCGGUAAACCCCACAACCAUCCCAUCUACGCAAACGCCAUGGCAAACACCCUAACACAUAACGGCGCCAUGCCCCCAGACUUGCUCAAAACAAAGUUCACCGCAAUUUCCACGAUUCCCGGACCGGAACGUCGACCGGCGAAUUUGCAUCCAGCAAUUAUCUAUGCCUCGCAGCCGGGGACGAUUGCAAUGGAUGAGACCCACCCUCCAGUGGUCCGCCACGACGUCCCCGACGUCCCCGGCGCGUUCCUCCUUCAAGAUGCGUUAUCGGUCGACGAAUGCACACAAAUCAUCCGCGCGGGCGAAACGAUGGGAUUCCUCCCCGACAUACCCGCCCAAGGCGACGCCUCCGUCCUCGCCCACAAUUUCAUCUGGUUCGCGGAUCGGGCGUUUCAUGAUACGCUAUGGUCUCGAAUCGUCCAUCUCCUACCGGAGAAGAUUGCAGGUGGGAAGGUGUGGGGGCUUAAUGUCCGGUUUCGGGUGUAUCGGUACGUGCCCGGCGCUAUUUACCGUCCACACAUCGAUGGGGCUUGGCCGCCCUCCGGAACCGAUCCCACUAAACCGGUGCAUGACUCAUAUGUCUACGACGCGAGUCCGCCCGAUAAACCUUUGUACUCGCGCCUCACGUUCUUGAUCUACCUCAACGACGAGUUCCCGGGCGGACACACGACAUUCUUCCUUCCCUCCCCCACGCGCGACGGAAUCCUCGACGCACACAGUGUGAAACCACGGAUGGGGUCUGUACUAGUCUUUCCGCACGGGGAGGGCAGGGGGAGUUUGUUGCAUGAGGGGAGUGCGGUGGGGGGGGAGUUGGGGGAGAGGGAGGGGGGUGGGAAGGGGGUUGUGGGGGAGGGGAAGUAUGUUAUCAGGACGGAUGUGGUGUAUGAGGUGCAGAGGGGGGAGGUUAGGGAUAAGCAGUAAUGGAGGAUGGAGGCUGCGAAGUAAGAAUGCUGCUUGUUGGGG